GAUUUCCCCACCAAUCCGGGGAAACACCUGGGACGGACUGAGGUGGAAUGCAUCAGAGGGUGCCACCAGAGCUUUUGAGAUCGGAGGAGGACCAUCAUUCCCAAGCGAAGGGGGAUCGACGGCGGGGGCUCCCGGGGAAGGAUCGGCGAGGAGAGCAGGCGCCACCGCCGCCGGGGAAGACGGGUUCCCUGCGCCCUGGUCGCCAGCCCUACCAUGUCCAGAGCGCGCUGCAAGAAGAAAAAGAGGAGGCUUAAAGGGGCGGCUCGCCGGGUCCUGUCUCUCUGCCAAGGCUCCUCCAAGUGGCAUCAGCCCCGGGCGCUGGGAAAUGGUGUGAGCGAGCAGGCGAGGAGACCAGCGCUGAGGAAAGGAGGAGGAGGAGGAGGAAGAGGAGGAGGAGGAAGGAGAAAGAGAAGGAGAGAGGGGAGCCUCGGCUGGAGCAGCGGCCGCUGAGCGGGGAGAAAGUUGACCUCUUCCAUGGAAAGCGAGAUAACAUGUAUGCUUGCUGCUCUACGGUGACUCUGGAGCAGGAUCUCAACAGGAAAAUGCAUAUCUGGAUGGUACAAACCAUAGCCUUUGCUUUAACAUCUCUAGUCCUCGCAUGGGCAGAAAGCAUUGAGUAUUAUGGGGAGAUCUGUGAUAACAAAUGCCCCUGCGAGGAGAAGGAUGCCAUCUUGACGGUGAGCUGUGAGAAUCGGGGGAUCAUCAACCUCUCUGAGAUCAGCCCCCCCAAAUUCUCCAUCUACCAUCUCCUGCUGUCUGGGAAUCUUCUCAACAGGCUGUACCCCAACCAGUUUGUCAAUUACAGUGGGGCUUCGAUUUUGCACCUGGGCGGCAAUGACAUCCAAGAUAUCGAGACAGGAGCCUUUCAUGGGCUGAGGGGCUUGAGGAGGCUGCACUUGAACAACAACAAGCUGGAAAUACUGAGGGAUGACACUUUCGUAGGGCUGGAGAGCUUGGAGUACCUGCAAGUUGAUUACAAUUAUAUCAGCGCUAUCGAACCCAAUGCUUUCAGCAAGCUGCAUCUGUUGCAGGUGCUGAUUCUGAACGACAACCUCCUCUCUUCAUUGCCCAACAACCUGUUCCGUUUUGUGCCCUUGACUCAUCUUGAUUUGAGGGGCAACCGGCUAAAACUCCUUCCCUACUUGGGCCUCCUGCAGCACAUGGAUAAAGUGGUGGAGUUGCAGCUGGAGGAGAACCCAUGGAACUGCUCCUGUGAGCUGAUAGCUCUCAAGGAUUGGUUGGACAGCAUAUCCUAUUCAGCCCUGGUGGGGGAUGUAGUCUGCGAAACCCCUUUCCGUUUACAUGGGAGGGAUUUGGAUGAGGUUUCCAAGCAGGAGCUUUGUCCUAGGAGGCUCAUCUCAGAUUAUGAGAUGAGGCCACAGACCCCGCUAAGCACCACAGGGUAUUUUCAUACCACACCAGCCUCUGUAAACUCUGUGGCUACUUCUUCCUCGGCUGUUUACAAAUCGCCCUUGAAGCCCAAAGGGACCCGCCAACCCAACAAGUCCAGGGUGCGUCCUACCUCCCGCUUGCCCUCCAAGGAUCUGGGAUACAGCAACUAUGGCCCCAGCAUUGCUUACCAGACCAAAUCCCCGGUGCCUUUGGAGUGUCCUACAGCUUGCACUUGCAACCUACAGAUCUCCGAUUUGGGUCUCAACGUCAACUGCCAAGAAAGGAAGAUUGAGAGCAUCUCAGAGCUCCAACCCAAGCCGUACAACCCAAAAAAGAUGUACCUGACUGAGAACUACAUUGCCCUGGUGCGUAGGUCGGAUUUCCUGGAUGCUACUGGGUUGGAUUUGCUUCACCUGGGCAAUAACCGCAUCUCGGUCAUUCAGGACCGGGCCUUUGAGGAUCUAACUAACUUGAGGAGGCUCUACCUGAAUGGGAACCGGAUUGAAAAACUGAACCCGGAGCUUUUCUAUGGGCUUCAGAGUUUGCAGUACCUCUUCCUGCAAUAUAACGUAAUCCGGGAGAUUGAGCCAGGCACUUUUGAUCCUGUGCCCAAUUUACAGCUCUUGUUUCUCAACAAUAACCUGCUGAGAUCUUUACCUGGAGGCAUUUUUUCUGGCUUAACUCUCUACAGGUUGAACCUGAGAAGCAACCAUUUCUCCUACCUUCCUGUAAGUGGAGUGCUUGACCAGCUGAAAUCCCUCCUGCAGAUAGAUCUCCACGAGAACCCAUGGGAUUGUACAUGCGACGUGGUGGGCAUGAAGUUGUGGAUCGAGCAACUCAACACAGGAGUCCUUGUGGACCAGGUAAUCUGUGAAUCCCCUAAGAAAUUUGCUCAGAAUUACAUGAGGAACAUCAAAGCAGAACUGCUGUGCCCAGAUUACUCUGACAUCAUUGUUUCCACACCCACUCCAUCAUCCAUGCAGGGACCAGCCAAGACCACCCCCUUUUCCAACUCCGGGCAGAUCAAUAGCACCUUGGAGGAAGAUGACUCGGCAUCACCUUCUGGUGGCUCGUCUUCCUCCUCUUCUUCCACGGUGCCUUUGUCAGUGUUGAUCCUCAGCUUACUUCUGGUCUUCAUCAUGUCUGUAUUUGUGGCCGCGGGUCUCUUUGUGCUGGUGAUGAAGCGCAGGAAGAAGGUCCAAGGUGACCAUGCCAGCACUAACAACUCGGAUGUGAGCUCUUUCAACAUGCAGUACAGUGUGUACACCGGAGGGGGAGCCCCCCAUUCCCACCCUCACGCCCAUCACCAGCAGCAUCCGCAGCAUCUUCACCAUGGAGGAGGAGGUGGUGGUCCGGCUUUGCCCAAGGUGAAAACCCCCGCGGGACACGUCUAUGAGUACAUCCCUCAUCCUUUAGGUCACAUGUGCAAGAACCCAAUCUACCGCUCCAGAGAGGGCAACGCUGGUGAGGAUUACAAAGAUCUCCAUGAGCUCAAGGUGACCUACAGCAACCAUCACCUCCAGCCCCAACCCCCACCACCCCCACAGGCCUUGGGGCAGCCCCAAGCAGCUCCGGGGGGCCAAGAGGAGACCCUCCGGAGCCCCACAUACAGUGUGAGCACCAUUGAGCCUCGGGACGAGUUGCUUUCCCCUGUCCAGGAUGCCGAUCGUUUUUACAGGGGCAUUUUGGAGCCCGACAAACACCCUUCUUCCACUUUGGGGGGCAGCAACCUUCCUGAGUACCCCAAGUUUCCCCCAACUGCCUACACAUACUCCCCUAACUAUGACCUUAGGCGCCCCCCUCACCCCUAUUUGCAUCCCGGCCCUGGGGACAGUCGGCUCCGGGAAACAGUGCUCUACACCCCCCCAAGCACUGUUUACGUGGAGCCCAACAGGAACGAAUACCUGGAGCUAAAAGCAAAACUAAAUGCAGAGCCGGACUACCUCGAAGUGUUGGAAAAACAGACCACAUUCAGUCAGUUCUGAGACCUCCUCCUCUACUCCCGCCCUCCCACCCAGAGCAUUUGUAUUUAA